AUGAGGGAGGUGAUAAGCAUACACAUCGGGCAGGCGGGGAUUCAGGUCGGCAACUCCUGCUGGGAGCUCUACUGCCUGGAGCACGAGAUUCAUCCCGACGGCACGAUGCCCAGUGACACCUCGGUAGGGGUUGCGCAUGAUGCCUUCAACACCUUCUUCAGUGAGACUGGUUCUGGAAAGCAUGUGCCUAGAGCGAUAUUUGUUGAUCUUGAGCCCACUGUCAUUGAUGAAGUUAGGACAGGGCAGUAUAGACAGCUUUUUCACCCUGAGCAGCUUAUAUCUGGCAAGGAAGAUGCUGCCAAUAACUUUGCCAGAGGACAUUAUACAGUGGGGAGGGAAAUUGUUAAUCUCUGCCUUGACCGAGUGAGAAAACUAGCUGACAACUGUACCGGCUUGCAAGGUUUUUUGGUCUUUAGUGCUGUAGGCGGUGGCACCGGUUCUGGUUUGGGUUCAUUGCUGCUGGAACAAUUGUCCGUAGAGUAUGGAAAGAAAUCGAAGCUUGGCUUCACAAUCUACCCUUCUCCUCAGGUUUCAACAGCAGUGGUGGAACCUUACAAUAGCGUGCUCUCCACUCAUUCUCUCCUUGAACACACAGAUGUGACUGUUCUUUUGGACAAUGAAGCUAUUUACGAUAUCUGCAGAAGAUCCUUAGAUAUCGAGAGGCCCACUUACACAAACCUGAACCGCCUAAUAUCCCAAGUUAUUUCUUCUUUGACCACUUCUUUGAGGUUUGAUGGUGCCAUCAAUGUGGAUGUCACGGAGUUUCAAACAAAUCUUGUUCCAUAUCCUCGCAUACACUUCAUGCUCUCAUCUUAUGCCCCUGUGAUCUCGGCUGCAAAAGCUUAUCAUGAGCAGCUCUCAGUUCCAGAAAUUACGAGUGCUGUGUUUGAACCAUCAAAUAUGAUGGCCAAGUGUGACCCACGGCACGGGAAGUACAUGGCUUGCUGUUUGAUGUAUCGUGGAGAUGUUGUACCUAAGGAUGUCAAUGCUGCUGUUGCUACGAUUAAGACAAAGCGCACUGUUCAGUUUGUGGACUGGUGCCCAACUGGCUUCAAAUGCGGCAUCAACUACCAGCCUCCAUCGGUGGUACCCAGUGGAGAUCUUGCAAAGGUGCAGCGUGCGGUGUGCAUGAUAAGCAACAACACAGCUGUAGUUGAGGUCUUCUCCCGUAUUGACCACAAGUUUGAUCUCAUGUAUGCUAAAAGAGCAUUUGUCCACUGGUAUGUCGGUGAAGGCAUGGAGGAAGGGGAAUUCUCAGAAGCCCGUGAGGAUCUUGCUGCUCUUGAGAAGGACUAUGAGGAAGUUGCGGUAGAGGGUGGUGAUGAGGAGGAGGAAGAAGGGGAGGAUUACUGAAACAAAAGGAAAUUCUCCUUUUUGAAGUACCAUGGGCCGUCUCUCUGGCCCCAUGUUGUAUGGUUGUUCUUCAUGUUUUACCUUCGAAGUGGAUUUUCCUUUUGGGCAUAUGUGCUGCCAGUUUCUUAUUGUGUUUGAAAUUGAAACUUAAAAGUGAUCAUCUUGACAGCUGAUAAGCCUACAUAAAUUACCCUUGCAUUUACUUGUG